UUUCCUUCUUUUACCUAAACCCUCGAGAGUUUAAGUUGUGUUUUUCGUUGCGCUUCGCAGAAAAAUUUAUCCAAUUUGAAAAAAAUGAGUGAGACUCUCCAAUUGCGCGGUACCCUUGUUGGGCAUACUGGUUGGGUUACCCAAAUUGCCACCAACCCCAAGGAUCCUGAUACCAUCAUCUCAGCUUCUCGUGACAAGACCCUUAUCGUGUGGAAGUUGACUCGCGAUGAGGACACCAACUACGGUUUCCCCCAGAAGCGUCUGUAUGGUCACUCUCACUUCGUGAGCGACGUUGUGCUGUCUUCUGAUGGUAACUACGCUCUGUCUGGCUCAUGGGACAAAACUCUGCGUUUGUGGGAUUUGGCUGCUGGCAAGACCACCCGUCGUUUCGAAGAUCACACCAAGGAUGUACUCUCUGUUGCCUUCUCCGCUGACAAUCGUCAAAUUGUCUCUGGCUCCCGCGACAAAACCAUCAAGUUGUGGAACACUUUGGCCGAGUGCAAGUUCACCAUCCAGGAAGAUGGACAUACCGAUUGGGUUUCAUGCGUACGUUUCUCGCCAAAUCACUCCAACCCCAUUAUCGUCUCCUGUGGUUGGGAUCGCACCGUAAAGGUCUGGAAUUUGGCCAACUGCAAAUUGAAGAACAACCACCAUGGCCACAAUGGUUACUUGAACACAGUAACUGUUUCACCUGACGGUUCAUUGUGCACUUCUGGUGGCAAGGAUUCCAAGGCUUUGUUAUGGGAUCUGAAUGACGGCAAGAACUUGUACACUUUGGAGCAUAAUGACAUCAUCAACGCAUUGUGCUUCUCACCCAACCGCUACUGGCUGUGCGUCGCUUAUGGUCCAUCCAUCAAAAUCUGGGAUUUGGCAUGCAAGAAGACCGUUGAGGAACUCCGCCCCGAAGUUGUAUCGACCAGCUCCAAAGCUGAUCCACCACAAUGUUUGUCGUUGGCAUGGUCCACCGACGGUCAGACCCUGUUCGCUGGCUACUCUGACAAGACCAUUCGCGUAUGGCAAGUAUCUGUUUCUGCUCACUAAGUUAUUGCUAUGGUGACAGAAAUUGAUGCUUAAGUGCAGCAACAUUUUUUUUUUAACUAAAUUUUAUACGUUCUAGACCAUGUUGCCCAGACAGCUUGGGCAUUCAUUUAAUGUAUUUAAAAAUAAAAAUGUGUACUGUAUUUAAAAUGUUAAUUCAUUGAACGCUGAUUUGUUUAUUAUAUAAACAAAUAAAUAACAAGAAAAUGUCAAAAAUUAAAAAAAAAAAGAAUUUUGUAUUAAAGUAGCCAUAUUUUAGGUUUAAGUAUUAUCUUAAUUAGCAAAUAUAAUUAGGGAUAUUUAUUUUUACCACUAA